AUGGGGGAAACAAAUUCUCCUCCCCUAAUCUUCAAAAAGUUAUUAAAAUGGAGAAAAGAAUACGGUCCAGCAAUCACGAUAUAUUUUGGUCCGUUAAGGUGUGUAACAUUAAACAGUGCUGAUUCUGUCAAUGAAGCAUUGGUAAAGAAAGCAGCUGAUUAUGCUGGUAGACAUCAGACUUUUUCAAUGGAUGCUUUUUCUGAUGGCUACAAGAACAUUAUAUUUUCUGAUGUCAACCCGUCAUGGAAACAACUUAGAAAGAUUGGCCUUCAAGGUCUAAGGCAAUAUCUGUCAGGAAAUAAACUAGAAGAGAAAUUAUUUGAAUCCACAUCAAAGGUGAUGAGACGAAUGAAAGAAGAAAAUGGAAAACCAGUCGAUAUACAGAAAUACAUCAGUUUAUUGGUUUUUAAUUUACUUCAUGGUGUCUGUUUUAAUAAAAGUUUUGAAUUAGACGACCAAAUAUUUUUGAAGCUGUUGAAUGUUCUGGACGAGACUAGCAAUGAUUUUGGAAAUGGCUUCUUUGAAGAUGUUUUCCCACCUCUUCGGAAAUAUCCAACAGCAAAAUUUAGAAAGAUUAUGUCAAUGCUUAGUGAUUUCAAGGAUUUUAUAGAAGAUGAAUGCAACAAACAUCGUGCGAAAUUCUCGGAAGAAAUUAAAGAUACAUUAUGGAAAUAA